AUGGAGAAAAUCACAGAGUUAAAACAUCAUCAAAAUGUGGUAAUUUUGUUGUGUGUGAUGAUGAUAGCAUCAUCACCAAGCAGUAGCACUAGUGUAGGCGUAAAUUGGGGCACAAUGGCAACACACCUAUUGUCUCCUCCGAGCGUCGUUGAUAUGCUGAAAGCCAAUGGUUUCAACAAGGUGAAGCUCUUCGACGCCGACGACACCAUCUUGGACGCAUUAUCCGGCACCCCCAUCGAGGUCAUGCUCGCCGUCCCCAACAACAUGCUUGCCGAGAUGAGCUCCGACACCACCGCCGCCGCCUCCUGGGUCGACGCCAACGUCACCGCCUACGCCCAUCCCGGCGGCGUCAACAUCAAGUACGUAGCUGUUGGAAACGAGCCUUUCCUGAAGACCUACAACGGGACCUACUUGCACCAGACGCUUCCGGCGUUGAAGAACAUCCAGGAAGCGAUCAACAACGCCGGCCUCGGAUCGAACAUCAAGGCCACGGUUCCCUUCAACGCCGACAUCUACAACUCCCCUGACUCCAACCCGGUCCCAUCCGCAGGCGACUUCCGCCCUGAGAUACGCGAUCUAACGGUCCAGAUCAUCCAGUACCUCUACUCCAACAACGCCCCGUUCGUCGUCAACAUCUACCCGUUCCUCAGCCUCUACGCCAACGUCUACUUCCCCCUCGACUUCGCCUUCUUCGACGGCUCCAACAAGCCGCUCCGGGACGGAAACAGCAUCUACACUAACGUGUUUGAUGCGAAUCUGGAUACCCUGCUCUGGUCGCUGAGCAGAGCAGGGUACCCAGAUAUGAAAAUCAUGGUAGGUGAAGUGGGAUGGCCCACUGAUGGCGACAGGCAUGCAAAUGUACAGAGUGCUAAGAGGUUCAAUCAGGGACUAAUCGAGCACGUGAUGAGUGGACAGGGCACGCCUCUGCGAAAAGGCCGAAUAGAUGUGUAUCUAUUCAGCCUGAUCGACGAGGAUGCCAAGAGCAUCGACCCGGGAAGCUUCGAGCGACACUGGGGGAUAUUCGAGUUUGACGGUGAGCCUAAAUACGAGCUCGAUCUCUCGGGCUCGCAGCAGAACAGGGGGCUCGUGGCCGUGCAGGGGGUGGGUUAUAUGAUGAGGCGGUGGUGCGUGUUGGACCCACGCGCCAAGGAUGUGGAGUGGGAUUUGGCGAAGAAUGUGGACUACGCCUGCAGCCUGUCUGAUUGCACGGCGUUGGGCUACGGCUCGUCGUGCAAUCACUUGAGCGUACAGGGGAAUGCGUCGUACGCGUUCAACAUGUACUACCAGCUGAAGGAUCAGAAUGAGUGGGAUUGUGAUUUCUCGGGGCUGGCGAUGAUCACGGAGGAGGACCCCUCGGAUAGCAGAUGCAGGUUUCCUGUGAUGAUUGGCUAUGGAAAUCGUCCUGUGCUGAUGCUGCGGAGGGAAUUGGUUAACAUUUUGCUUGUGGCUGCUGAAGGCUGUGUUGUGUUUCUGCUUCUUGUGUCUUAGCUUCUUGGACUUGGGAUUGAUCUUACUUAGUGAAAUUAACGUUGGAAACAGAGUUUCUA